AUGCUGAGCUCAGCCCUGAGCCCCCAGAAUGACACCUGGACUCAGCCCUUCUCUCUGCUUUUGGGUCUUGGCGCAGCCCUGUACUUGGGCUACUACUGGUCAUGUGUGCCCCAGAAGCCUCGAUUGGUGGCAGGGCCCCGGUUUUUGGCCUUCCUGGAGCAACACUGUCCAGUCACUGUGGAGACUUUCUAUCCUACACUGUGGUGUUUUGAGGGGAGGCUACAAACCAUCUUCAGAGUCUUAAUGCAGUCUCGGCCCUUAGUCUCUUACUGGAGUGAAGUCCUCCAAACCCCGGAUGGAGGACAGCUCCUAUUAGACUGGGCUGAGCAGCAUGACAGCAGUCAAUAUCCUGACCCUACCACCCAGCCCAUUGUAUUACUGUUUCCUGGCAUCACAGGCAGUAGCCAGGAGACAUAUAUCUUGCACCUAGUUAACCAAGCUUUGAGGGAUGGCUAUAGGGCUGUCGUAUUUAAUAACCGGGGCUGCCGUGGAGAAGAACUGCUGACUCACAGGGCCUUUUGUGCCAGCAAUACUGAAGAUCUGCAGACAGUCGUGAACCACAUAAACCACCGUUUCUCUAAAGCUCCGCUGCUGGCUGUGGGCAUCUCUCUUGGAGGGAUGCUGGUGCUGAACCACCUGGCGCGGACUGGGCAGGCUGCAGGGGUGGUGGCAGCACUGACUUUCUCUGUAUGCUGGGACUCCUUUGAGACUACUCGCUCCCUGGAGACUCCACUCAACUCACUGCUCUUCAAUCAGCACCUCACUGCUGGACUCUGCAGAUUUGUGGACCGAAACAGAAAGGUGAUUGAAAAAGUGGUGGAUGUAGACUUUGUGCUACAGGCGCGCACAAUUCGCCAGUUUGAUGAGCGCUACACAGCUGUGGCCUUUGGGUAUCAAGACUGUGUUACUUACUACCAAGCAGCGAGCCCAAGAACCAAGGUAGAUGCCAUCCAGGUCCCUGUGCUCUGCCUCAAUGCAGUAGAUGAUCCCUUUUCCCCAGCCAGUGCCCUUCCCCUGCAGGCUGCCCAACACUCUCCCCACGUUGCACUGCUCAUCACAGCCCGUGGUGGCCACAUUGGCUUCCUGGAAGGGCUGCUCCCCUGGCAGCACUGCUACAUGAGCCGCCUCCUGCACCAGUAUGCCAGAGCCAUCUUCCAGCACAAAGAGGAGCUGCUCAGCCUCAGAACUCUCCUACCUUCUGAAAGAGGCAGAACUGAUAGGAGCAUCAUUUAGGAUUUCAGUUCAGUCUUCUCUUGUUUAUUAAAUAACUUGUCUUGCCUAAA